CAGUUCGACCCCUUGUGGAAAUGUGAGAAAGUAAUUUUGUAUUUUUCUAUCGUGUUUGUUUUGUUUUUUAUCCCCAUUUUUCCAAUUUUUCCACCUUUUCGGCCUCUUCCACCAAUUCAAACACUUCACAAAGGUACGCUAAAGUGAAAAGAUGGUUCUCUUGGAAUCUUGUUGGUCACCAUGUAUUUGGACGAAUUCCGUGAAAUCCGGAAGCUAUGCAGUUGCCGUUUACACAGCUGCCAUCAGUGUGGUCCUGAUCACAAUGAUUGUCUACAUGCUCCUCGGCGGGGACUCCACACAACUCUACUCACCACUCUUUGAGACAGACAUCCGGAGCUCAAUGCAAGUUGUGGGUGGAUUCUUCAUUUUCUACUUUAUCCUCCUCAUUAUUUCCUCCUAUUUGCUGUACUACGGCAUCAGGAUCACAACUCGCGGAUGGAUGCUUCCCUGGCUCAUCUUGACCGGAAUUGCCAUUCUCUUCCAGUUUGUCUUCAGCCUCUGGCUCAUUGGUGGCUACUACAUUUACCUGGAAGCAACCUAUGCAAGUCUCGUUAAUGCCGUGUGGAUGGCCUACAAUAUUUACUGCUGGAUGUGCGUCUAUUCACAGUACCAGAUCUUUGUGGAACUACAAUCACCCAAUAUUGAGUUGCUAAUGCCCUAGAUGAAGAGGAGGAGGAGGCAUCAACUCACUGAUGAAUCUCACCGUAGCGUAAGAAAUACCAAGAGUGUUUAUUUUACUCCAAAAAGAAUCAAUCACGCGAAAGCCAAUGCAUUAUUUUGCAUUUUUGCCUUAACAAUUUUAUAAAAUAAUAUUUAAGAGAAAAGAAAAACCUUUUUUUAUAGAAAGUAAUACGUAGAUAUUUAAGAAGAAAAAAACAACUCAAAUAUUAAACAGACAAUGCCGUCCAAACAUGAGAAAGAGCUCAUUCCAAUAGACUAAAAAAAGAACAAUGAGGGUAUAUUCCUUGUUAAUUCAUUUUUUUUUUAUUUUCUGCAACCUUACAAUGGUAGCAUGUAGAAUUAGUACAAAAAAUUAAGAGUAAAAUAGUAAAUAUAAAAAGGAAAUCUUUUUUUUUUCUUUGUAACUUCACGAUAUUUUGUACGAUUUGUAGUAUUAAUAAAAAUUAAAGAUUUGCGCCAUGAAAUCUCUUUUUCCCCCACAAUAGCACAUGAAAAACUUCCAAAAAUAAUUCACAAUUUUUUUUUCUUCGCGAGUAAAAGAGAAUUCAUGGCAAGAGUCUUAAUAUAGAUAAUAUAUAUAAUUCACUUAUUGCAUUUUUUCUUCACGAAAAUUCACGAAUGAAUUAAAAUUAAAAAAGAAAAGAAGAAAACUUAUGGAAAAAUAGAAAGAAAAUCUACAUUUUCUUUUAAAAUAAAUUGUAGUCUAAUAUUGAA